UAACCCGAUUUAGUUCUCUCUUGGGAAAAUGAUCAGGGCCAAAUAUAUUGUUGGAACUGUGGCGGCUUUGCGAGCAAAACCUGGUGGAGGUGUGAACUGGCUUGCUUCUCUCCGUAAAUUAGAACUUCAAGAGGCCAUUGAUGCGCUCUGUAGUUUACCCGGUGUUGGUCCCAAGGUGGCAGCAUGCAUUGCUCUCUUCUCUUUGGAUCAACAUCAUGCCAUUCCCGUUGAUACUCAUGUUUGGCAGAUUGCAACUAGGUAUAUUAUCCCUGAGCUGGCUGGAACCCGUUUGACACCUAAAAUUUGCAACCGUGUUGCUGAUGCUUUUGUGAGUAAAUACGGGAAAUAUGCUGGUUGGGCACAAACUCUGCUUUUCAUAGCCGAACUACCUUCUCAGAAAGCGCUCUUGCCAUCAAGCUUUUGGGAUACCAAGGAAAGAAUCUCGGAUAAGCUUGAAAUAAAAAAUCCCGAGGUAAACUAAACACAACUACAAAAAGAGAGAAGAAAAUUCUGUAUCGAUUUAUAGACCUGUCAUUAUUUGAUCCAUGGAGUUGAUUUAUAAGCAUAUUCUGCAGAACAUGACGAAGUAUGUGAGUAGAAAUUGUUUGAUGGAUAAACGAUUCUGUGCAAUUUAGUAGCUUCUUUACUCUCAUUUGAACUGGAUAUAUAUAUAU